AACGAAAAGCCACACAGGAAACUCUGAAGCAACAAGAGAGCGAUUUUUUCAUAUUUUUGUAGAUGCACCGUAAAAAAAAAAAAAAGGAGAGAGAGGUUUUUUCUUGUUUUUUUUUUUAAUACCCAACCCGGCCUUGAAAUCUACCCUCCAGAGGUGCCGCGGGCACCACCCCCGUGGGAGGCAGCCAGCCUGGGAUGAGACCGUGACGGGGAAUGAGCAGUAACAAUCAUGGGCUCGCGGAUAAAGGAAAAUCCCCAGAAGACAUUUGAUUUGUUCUUCGAGGCAGCCUGCCCCACAUCUGCAGAUGACGACCCCCAGGUGCUGAGGCAGUUCCCAGAGGAGUUCGAUGACCAGGAAUCCAUCCAGAUGCUGCCCAAAUUCUGCUUCCCCUUCGACAUAGAGAGGGUAAAGGAGAGCUCUGUGGUGCAGAACUUCACCUUCGCCCUGACCGACCUGGAGGGGAACCAGCGCUUCGGGUUCUGCCGCCUGGCCGGGGGCUUCCGGACCUGCCUCUGCAUCCUCAGUUACCUGCCGUGGUUUGAAGUUUUCUACAAGAUCCUCAACAACAUUGCCGACCAUUUAGCCAAGGAGCAGUUGAAUGAACUGACCGAGCUCCUCUCCGCCCUCUAUUGCCACCCGGUGCCCCAGCUGAACAGCCCCGUGAACCUAGAAUUUGACCAGAAGUUGAACAAACUGAGAAUAAGCACCGGCAGCUUUCUGAAUGGCCGACACAGAGACCGGAGCCGGGAUCCGGCGGGCGGGACCGAGUCGCCCUCCUACUUCAUUGCCCCGGACCUCGGCAGCCUGCCUACCAUCCCGGAGAGCCUCACGGCCUGCGUCCAGGCCUCCUCCGCCAUGCUCUACCCCAUGUGCUGGCAGCACAUCUACAUCCCCACGCUGCCCCCGCACCUGCUCGACUACUGCUGCGCCCCUAUGCCCUACCUCAUCGGUGUCCACUCCAGCCUCAUGGAGAGGGUGCGGGACAAGGCCCUGGAGGACGUGGUGAUCCUCAACAUCGACACCAACACGCUGGAGUCGCCCUUCCAGGACCUGGAGAAUCUCCCGAGCGACGUGGUGUCUCUGCUGAAGCUCCAACUGAAGAAGCAGUCGGCCACCACUGGUGACGGGGUGGCCCGAGCCUUCCUCCGAGCCCAGGCACUGCUCUUCGGUGGCUACCGCGACGCGCUGCUUUGCACCCCGGGCCAGCCCAUCUCGUUCUGCCAAGAGUCCUUCCUCAACCACAAGUCCAGCACCAUGCGGGAGUUCCUGCACAAUGCCGUGCACCUGCAGUUCUUCAAACAGUUCAUCGACGAGCGCCUGGAGAAGCUGAACGCCGGCGUGGGCUUUUCGGAUGUGUUUGAGCAGGAAAUCACCAACAGCGGGUUGGCGGCGGGUAACCUGAGGUCGUACCAGCUGUGGGUGGAGAGCCUCAAGAAAGGCGGAGGGGCCCUGAUCCACACUGUGAAGAGCAAGACAAACCCAGCCGUCAAGAACAUGUACAAAUACGCCAAGAGCCAUGCCCGAGACAGGCUGAAGGAGAUGCGAAGUCGCUUGAGGUACAGGGACUUGGGCCAGGCUUCAGCCCUGCAGCGAGGCGGCUCCCUGAAGUGCGACCAGCUCUCAGGCCCCAUCCUGCCCCGGAGCACCCAGUCCGAGUGCCUGCAAAGCCGGCUGCCCAUCACCCAGCACUUCGGGAAGUCCCGACCCCUGCGACCCAAUAAACGCUGCAGCGGGAUGGAGCUGGAGGCCCAGAGGGCUGCCCCGGCAGAAGGCCACAAGGCUCCCCCAGACCCCGAUGCCAUCCCUGAUGGGGGGGAGAUGGACAAGAGCUUCCUGGAGACGGGCGAGAUCGACCUGCUGGGCGAGAUCUUCGAGACGCUGAGCCUGGCGGCGCCCAGUGGACGGGGGCUGCUCUACGGGACCCGCAGCCUGGACUUCUGCAACCUGGAGGAGGGCAGCUGCUACACCAGGCUGAGGCACAUGAACCCCAGCGAGGAGAACCUGAGCGGGCGCCAGGCCCGGGACCACGAGUGCUGGCUGCUGGCCGAGGAGGACGACUCGUCCCUGGAGUUCGCCCCCCCCUCUUCGGAGGAGGCCUCCCUGGCCGAGGAGGAGGCUGGGGACUCCCAGCAUGCUUUGCUGCUGCCCGCCAAGGCCACGCGCCCGGCCAGCGGGAUGUGGGACCGUGGGAUCAAUGAGGAUGAGGAGGGCUCUCCCCAGGCAGCUGAGAGGGUAGCAACGCUCAGGGUGCCCUGGCACAAGCCCUUCCAGCUCGGGGAGGAGGAGCUGGGGGGCGGAGGGGCUGGGGCAGAGCUGACACCAACCACUGGCUCUCUGGGGCCCCCUGAAGAAGUGGGGACAGGAGGCCACCCUGAAGCAGCCACUACAGGGCCAGAGUCUGGGCACGGGGUGUGCAGAGCAGAGCCCCUCCCCAAACAGGAUAGCCCCGCCCCUGAGGCAGAGACCCGCCCCAAACAGGAUAGCCCCGCCCCUGAGGCAGAGCCACGCCCCAAACAGGAUAGCCCCGCCCCUGAGGUAGAGCCCCACCCCAAACAGGAUAGCCCCGCCCCUGGGGCAGAGCCCCACCUCCCACCAGAUAGCCCCUCCUCCCCUAGGGUCCAGUCAGCUGUGGCUCUGUUCCAGGCCAAGGCCUGUAGGCAAACUGACAUCAGGGGCGGGGUCCCCCCGCUGGGGGCAGGGGCCACCCUGCCCAGCUCAUCCUGGCCGGAGCUGGACCAAGCCUCCCAGCCCCCGGCCCUGCCCAAGGUAUCGGAGCUGAAGAAGAGGUUUGAGUCCUAGAAGGCUGGCGGCAUGGAGAGCUGCACCCGGGGGCCCAUGCUGAGCUACUGACAUUGCUGGACCAGGGGCCCCCCAGGCAGAACUGCACCAGGAGGCCCAAAAGCUGCAGUGCCCCGCUCGGCUCAGGACAAUGGGGAGACGCUGGCCUGGCUCCGGCCUGCUCCACAAAGCCCGGGGGGGGGCUCUGAAUAAAUGCUUAUGGUGGAACCACCAUCUGGUUGCUAUUCAAAUCAGCCGUCCCACAGUGGGGCUGAACGCUCCCCAAAGCCAGCCUCCUGCUGCCUCCCCCUUCCCCGCCUUGGGGCUCCGUGCUCGAGGACAUCUGCAGCUUCCCCUCCCUUGGCUGACCGGAUCCCGCCCCCUGCAAAAAUGCAUCAUCAGCAAGGGCGAGAG